GAAUUAUAUUAAAAUGACAUCUCAGUGAGACAGACCUGAGAAAGGAAACAAUACAGGCAAGAAGAAAACAGUCUGUGGGAGAAAAAAGGACGGGAGCGUGGCAGGGAGGAAAGAGGCAGACUGAUUCAUAGAAACUCCUUUAAAACGCAGUGAAAAGAAACCGCCCAUCACACACCCCAGCACACUAGCGCUGGAAACUUAUAACCUCGGGAGGCAGGUCCCUCCCUCACUGUGGUCACACACCUUCAGAAGAGCGGACCAGGCAGCCAGUAGCUCCCGCCACUCAGGACGCCUCAGCCACUUCAGACCCUCAGCACUCUCUGCUUGUGAGGCAUCAAAAAGCCAAGAUGUUGGUAUUACUGGCUGGUAUCUUCGUGGUCCACAUCGCCAGUGUCAUCAUGCUGUUCGUCUCCACCAUUGCCAAUGUCUGGGUGGUUUCAGAGGACACAAAAGCAUCAGUAGGCCUUUGGAAAAACUGUACGAAUGGCAUCUGUGAGGGAGCCCUGUCAUAUGCCAAUGAAGAUGCCCUCAAGUCCGUGCAGGCUUUCAUGAUCCUCUCCAUCAUCUUCUCUGUCAUCUCUCUCGUGGUCUUCGUGUUCCAGCUCUUCACCAUGGAGAAAGGAAACCGCUUCUUCCUCUCGGGGGCCACUAUGCUGGUGUGCUGGCUGUGCAUUAUGGUCGGAGUGUCCAUCUAUACUCAUCAUUAUGCCAAUGGUUACGGAACCUUCUUCCAGAAGAGUCACCAUGGCUAUUCCUUCAUCCUGACCUGGAUCUGCUUCUGCUUUAGCUUCAUCAUUGGCAUUCUCUAUCUGGUCCUGAGAAAGAAAUAAAGCUGAACAACUUCGUGGGGAUCUGGGGGGUGGGGAGAAGGAAGCUGUUGAAUCUGGGAGGGAAGU